CUAAUAUCUAUACCUGGAAAGGCCUCAUAACAUUUUAUCUCAACAGAGAGGCUAUCAGUGAAUUCAAAUACAUUGUCCUCUCCUACAUGCACGAUUGAAGGAACACAGAUUCGCUGAAUCACGCAUGAAUCUACCACGAAAAACAGGCUAUGUGAGAAUACGCGAGAUCAGACCGGGCUUCAGAAAUGGACGGAACAGGGUUUGACGAAAAAACGGAAAAUGGUCCAUCUGAUAACAAGCGAGAUAAAAACAAGGGUUCAAGUAAAGAUAUCUCGGAAGAAGAUGACACUGAAGUAGAGGAAUCAAAAGGCUUGAGACAGACGGAAAAAGAAGGGAGUAUAUGGCUGCGACUGAAGCGAGAUAAGCUAUACAGAGAGAAAUACAUUUUGACAAUGGCGUACUUUUUGUCCUUCCUCAUGCUGGGAUGGGCAAAUGGAAUAAUUGGUCCCACAUUUCCUGACAUCUUACUCGUUUCCCACACUUCCCUAGAGAAAGGUUCUCUGUUCUUUACCAUGGGAACACUUGGAUACCUGAUCGGAUCGCUCAUUAUGGGAUUUGUCUUGGAUAAACGGAUCUUGGGCCGGAAUUUACUCAUGUUUUUGCUCCUGGCUGGUCUGGGCGUGUCCGCCGCGGUCGUACCGUGGUGUAGUUUGUUUGAGGCCAUGAUUUUUAUACACGUGAUGAAGGGGAUCUUUAGCGGUGGACUGGACACGUGUGGAAAUGCUGGUCUUGUUGUCAUCUGGGGAUCGGAGGGCCCUGGCUUAUUUAGCACUCUGCACUUUUUAUACUCUUUUGGUGGAAUUCUCUCUCCUUUGGUGGCCGCACCGUUUGUGAUGUCAUCUGACAAUGACGAAAGCAACACUUUCAUCAGUAAAAACAGCAAUGUGACUUUCACUAACAUUACGAACGAAGUCAGUGUUAAUAUGACAAAUCUAACCAAUGGUUCACAAAUCGAACAGAAAUCCCAAAUUUAUAUUCCUUACACCAUCACCACGUGCCUUUGUAUUCUUACGUCACUUCCAUUCCUUGUCUUUAGUUGCAUUUCUUUUCAAAAGACACUGGAUAGUAAAAUAACAAAUUCUGAGAUAAAAAUAGAAAGACAAUCAAAGACACGUCUCAGACUUUUCGGAUUCAUAAACAUGGUUUUCUAUAUAGCCAUGUAUGUAGCGGUAGAAAACACCUUUGCUGGAUUCCUCACAACGUUCCUAGUGAAGGAGCUAAACUGGAGUAGUUAUGAAGGUAGCUACAUCACUUCCGGUCAUUGGGCAGCGUUCGCUACGGGAAGAUUUCUAGGGAUAUUUCUCGUGCGAUGUGUCAAACCAUCGAAUCUGAUUUUCGCCUCGAGUCUAACAGUGCUUCUCUCUAUGCUUGGUUUCAUGAUGACGUCAAUGCAUGACGUCAUGAUUGGCGUAUGGAUAUUUUCAUUGCUUCUGGGAAUUGCAGUGUCCGUGAUUUUCCCAGCUGUUAUUUUGUGGACAGAGCUUAGGUUCAUCAGGGUCACGGGGAAAAUAGCGUCCAUAUUUGUGAUGGCGGCGUCUGUAGGUUUCAUGGUUAACCCAAUAUUUCUUGGUUUACUAAUGGACGCCUUCAGUCCUAUGUGGUUUUGCUAUAUUCUCUUUGGAGAAACAGUUCUGAUGAUGUUUUUAAAUUUUACGGGUGUAUGUAUAUCACGAAUUAUUUCGUCACGACAACUUCAUAUCCAGGCCGAACAUGAACUUGUUAUUUUAAACGAAAAACAAUAACUAUUUCAAAAACUUCAAUUUGUCAUUCAGUCAAGCAUAUCAUUUUUAUGACAAAUGUUGUCUAUUCUUUUCAAUAAAUAAGUUUUUUAAAAAAUUACCAAGAUUUGCUAAUGCAUAGUUAUAUUCUUUUUCUACCAAAUCAAAAUACUGUUUUUGUGAAAAAAAAGAAAAAAAAAGAAAUGGCUUACUCUGUUGAAGGUUUACAGUUCCUUCUAUCAGCUUUAAAUUUUAUUGAUAUCGACUGGUGAGUGUACAUAUUUUUUCAUGACGCAUUUGUUAAUUAUUUUUUUAUUA